AUUCAGAUUCUGAAAUUAGGUCGAAGUAGUAGGUAGGUAGUGGAUAGUGAUUAGAAAAGUAAUUUUUAGUACAUAAAUAUUCAAGAAUAAUUGGCUGUCUUCAGAAAGUACACUUGAUUUUUGUUGGAGUAAAGUUUUAAUUAUGAUAAGUGAUUUUAUGAAAUAAUCUAGAUCCUAUGGUAUAUGUGGUGCAGUAAGGUAUAUGGAGUAAAAUAUAUAAAUUUAAACUGUUAUAACUUAAAGGAAUUAUAAUCAGAUGAAGUUUAGUGACUGGCAAAUAACAUAUGGCUGUAAAACAAUAAAAUGGCUGAUAAACAUAGUUUAAACUAUGAGGUUAGAGAAUUAAAAUUGGGAUCAAGUUUCACUAACAAUAAAGCAUCACAAUAUCACACAAUUAAAUAUGACUUCAAACCAGCUUCUGUUGAUGUUAAUAAAAUGGCCACUGUAGAUGUAGGAACUAACAAUCAAGUGACUGUAACUGUACCACAUUUAGAUGGUGCUGGCAUACCACAGACAGUGUUUAAGGGAAAUCAAAGGCCUUAUACAAAAGAAUGUGUGCUGAUAAUAGAUAGAGAUACAGGAGAAAUCACAUUAGAAAAAUUAUCAAGUAAUAUACAAGUAAAAAAGACAAGGCAAGAGUCUAUUCAAAAGCCACGCCCCUUGACUCCUAUUACAAGCGAUCUCACAAACACCACACAAAGAUCAACAUCUCGUACCCGUGUUGCAACUAAUCGUCGAACUAACAAUAAUACUGGUACAGUCAAUAUGACAGCUCAAGUAACCCAGCAUCAUCAACGGUUUAAUGGCGGUGCAGCUCCGAAGACUCAUAACAUGGUGCGCUCACCGCCCAGAGUCAAAACGUCUCCACCCCAAGCGCCUUGGUCAGCAGGCGGCAACAGUACACUAGCGUCCCUUCCUAUGAUCGGUCUGGACGACGCUCCCAAUGGUCCUAGCGCUCCUAGUGUGCAUGCAACCGGUGCACACGUGCCUAGCGCGCAUGUACCUAGUGCGCACGCUCCUAUCGCGCACAUCCCUAGUGCCCAUGUCCCAAGUCUGCACACUCCAAGCGCACCCAUUGUCCCUAGCGUGCAUAGUGCCCCUAUUACGCAUGUUCUACCACCAUCGCGACAUCUGCCGCCUCCCGCGCCGCCAAACCCCGCUACACAACAACAAGAUGAUAGCUCAUCUAGUUCAUCAAGUGAUAGUGACAGUGACAGUGGUAGUGGAAGUGACAGCGAUGAGAACGACUCUAGACCAUCGAUUCCUUCUGGUGUACCUAGCAACCCAGCCUUACCAACGGAUGUCCUAAACGAUGAUCUCUGUUUGUCUGAAUCCGGCAGCGACUCUGACUGACCACAACACACGCCUUUGUUUCACGGACGUUUAUUCUUUUGAAUUAAUUUGCCCAGUUGAUAUCAUUAACCUAAUAUUGCUGUCAACAUAACAGAGUUAAUUUAACACUUUAUAUCUAAUAUUCCGACUUUUGGAUUUCAAUAUUCCGACCGAAAUGUUGGAUUUUUAUUGAAGUAGAAUAUAAAUAAAAAUAUAAAGAUCUUUAUACAAAUGUGCUAUAAACACAAAUAGGUAUAAAAUAUUUGGCCUUAUAACGCUUGUGGCAGUUAACAAAGACAAAAAAUUAUUAAAUUUAAUUAAAAAAUAAAUACUAUUUACCUAAUUAUAUAUACAUAUAGUAACAAAAAAGAAAAAGAAGGCUGUUCACCUGUUCAAAUGAUCAUGAAACAGCCUAUCCCAGACCUAAAAAGGUUGUAGCCAUUGAUUUUUUAAUUUUUAGUAAUGAAUCGGUUGCUAUUUUAUAGCUUAUAAAAUAAAUGAUGUGUAAUUAAUUUGUUUUUAUGAAUAAUAUUUUUACUUCUGAACUUUUAAUGAAUUUUCAAUCUUUCGUAAGUUGAAAUUUGAUUUUGUAAAUCUGUUAAAUCAAAUUAGCUAUAUUUAGCAAAAAUACUUGAAAUGCAUGCUCAAUUUAUGUAUUAGCAUUAUGUUAUUUUGCUAUCUUGAACCAGUUUUUUUGUCAUUAUAAUUAAACGGUUACGUGUAUAUUUCAUAAUAUCAAAAGUAAUGUUGAAAGGUAAUAAUGUUAUCAUCUGGGUAUAAUUUGAGUACUCAAAACUCAAUUUUUUUGCAGGGUUAUAUCAAGCACAAAUGUUAUUUAAAUUAGUUUUUCCUUAAUUAAAACAGUUUAUACUUGCAUAUUUAAAAUUAAUUAUUAUGAAAACAUUUUGUUUUUUAUCUUGUUCUAACAGCAUGUGUUUGGUAUAGACCAAUCAAGCUCUCAACAUCGUACCUAGGGAGCGUUUUUUGCGUACGUACGCGCAUUUCGUAUAAAGCGUACACGUAUUAGACGUACGUUAAGAUUUAUUUAUUCCCAAUACCUAUUUAUCCCAUCGAUAAUUGAUCGUUAUGAUUCUAACAUGCUCCAAUGUUUUAAAUAUGAAAUUCUUUAAAAUUUGAAAAUAUAACUUCUAUUCUGUGAAUCAGUAUUAAAAAAAAUAAGUCUUGAUAUAAUCCUGCCUAUAAUUCGUUAGAAUUUCUCCAAUGUUAAAAAUGGUCAGUAUAGUGUAUAUUUUAUUAAAUUGUUUCAAUUCAAGUUGAAUUUGUCAGAAACAUGUACAUUUUAUUAGCAAUGGCCUUUGACAUAAUGGGUAAUACUUACAGAUAAGUCUCGAUUUUCAGUCAAACCCUGUGUCUUACUUUGGCGGUGAUAAUGUAUAUGUAUAUACAAAACUACGACAUACUAUGUCACAAUUGGUUUGUAUUUGAAAAUUUAAUGAAAUUUACAAAAUACUGACCGGCGUAUGUUAAAUAUAAACGUGCCUCAAUUUAUAUAGAUAAUAUAUUUUUUAUUUUAUGCCAAUAUUUUUAAAUAGAUUUAAGGGCUUUGUUCGGUAUCGCUAACGUUAUACAUAUUAGAUUUAAUAAAUUCUGCAAUAAAUUAUUACAUAUAUUGUUAAAAGUUAGGAUAAAUUUUGGUACUAUCAGCAAACACAGUUAUUACAGAUACAUUAUUUAUUUACCUUAUUGUUACUGCAAUCUAGUAUUUAAAAUAAUCGGCUUAAUUAUAAAUCAUAUAUUGAAGGCAGUGUAUUUGUUACAAAUUUAACAUACAUUGUAUCAAUGGUAUUAGACAUGUUGCCUAUGCUUGGACAUAUGGCGGCUUGAAAUUUGUGUAAAUUAUAUUUUUCAUUAAAAAAUCAAUGUAUAGAUUAACUAAAAAUAUCUAAAAUGUAAACUUAUUUUGCUGAUAGUACUUUGUGUAAAUAAUAUAUGGUACGAAUGCUUGAAUAUCGAUGUAUCCGAUAUAUUUUCUUUUGGAAAACGUCGCACGAGCAAUAAUGACACUUUUAAAACCGGUUUGUUCUUAAACUCACCGCAUGAUCGCGCAAUAAUCGUAAAUUAUUUUACAUUCAUAUUCAAGGGUAGGAAAUCUAAAAAUCUGGAGUAAAAAAUCUGAUUGUUAAAAUCGGGAGUCUUAGGAAUCUUUAUCCGAAAACAAUUUAUCCGGCAUUUUUUGUGUAUAAGCUUUAGAAAAUUAUGUUUUAUUCGUCUCGGUAAAUAAUCAGUGAAGUGAAAAUGAGAUAAGAUUGUGUACUUUGUUUUGGUUGUAUGUACUGUGUAAACUCUAUAUAACAACACUGAAAGGACUGCAUUUUAUGGCGUUAUAGAAGGUUUGUCGUUAAAUGGAGAGAAGAUAAACUUAUAGAUUAUCCAUGACGCCUACUUAUUAGUCAUGGUCAACAACAGUACACGUGCGAGCAAUCCCAAUUGGUAAACAAAAGAACGAAUUUCUUAGAAAGUUCGUGUGCAUGAUGCCGACAGUCGAGUUUAUUGCUGACUAGGCGACAAAGACUAGGCGACAUAAGCGACAAAAGAACGUACACAGCUGCGCAGUUUUUACGAAUUUUAGAAACUUAAAAAGUACUUUAUUACGCAAUUGUUGUCGUGUCAAUUGAGAGCAGAUGUAAUGCUAUGUACAGUGUAUCAUUGUAUGGAAGAAAAGUUAAACCAACCGAAGCCAAUUGAUUUUGACGCUUUAGGGAGAUCGUCUUUAAAUCGAGGUACGUUACAUGGAGUUUACACUGUAUUUUAAUAUUUGUAUUUCCAACUUGUUGUCUUGUUUAAGGUCAAGACGCACCGCUAAACACUCCCGUAAUUCCUACGUUACGUAUAUUUCUGUAAAAACUUUAUCUUCCUUGUGGUGGUUUCAUGACCGUCGCAUCUGUCAUGUGAUGCAAUUUUUAUAAUAAACAACUUAUUAGUUAGCCUAUAAUCUAAGGUCCAGCAACAUCGUAUGAAAACGAAAAUAAUUCUACGGAUUUUGAGGUAUUAUUGCUCAUAAACACCUACAAUUUUAAUGUGAAAAAACAAUGUUAACCAAAAAAAAACACACAAUAAGUUUAUGCAUGUAUUAAUCAUAUUAUUUAUAUUUAAAAGUGUCAUUAAGAACUCAUGCGGCAAUUUAAAUGGCUCAUUAAUCGAUAUUCGGCUACAGUAGGAGUGAUUCUCGAUAGAAUUAAAAUAGUAUAACGAAAAUUCUCUUAAUUCACAGUAAUUUGCAUGUCCACUGUAUUCAACACGUUGAAUGUCUUACAAAGUCAAAGUUUAGAGAAAUUUAUUAAAUUUUAACGACAUGGGGUUAAAGAAUUUUCGUUAAACGUAAAAAUUGUGCCUUUAACGUCUCAUUUAUAUUGUAUUUCGUUCGCAUAGCACCGUGAUACGUCACAGUAUAUCAUUAAUAUAUUUUAUCGUAAUAAAAUAUGUCCUCAUUU